AUGUCCUUUGGUAGUAGAAAUAAGACACCAUGCAAAUAUUUUCAGCAAGGACGAUGUAAGAAAGGAAACGCUUGCAAUUUUGCACAUGUAUACACCGGAAACAAUAACAACAACGGCAACACAAAUGCGAACGAUUCUGGCGGGGCAAAUAGAUACCAAAGCUUUGUGAAUGCUUCAAAUCUGGGGAAGUACGCAAAUGAAGUCAAUGACGACCUGACAGGGGCAUCUGAAUUCAUGUUCCAGCCUCUAAGCUCAAGUUAUGGAUUGGGGAGUCCAUGUGCUGUGAAUUUAAUCACAGGCCGCGAUUUUUCACCAGAGGAAGCGCGUUUUCUGUUUUACCAAUCCCAAAUGCAUAACUCUGUUCCAACGUAUGAGGUCCAAAUGAAAGCUCGGGCUUCUGACUUUGAGCAGAGCCGGAAGUAUAUCUUGGCGGAUACCCGCAAAGCAGCACGCUAUCUGCAGUUAGCGACUCAAAAAGCCCACGAAAGUGGAGCCGCUCCUUCAAAAGGCUACCUAGAACAUGGGCUAGAUCUGACGGGUGCGUCGUAUGCCAAUGCAGGUCCCAACCCUCGAACCUCGAAUUUAUUUGGCGCGAAUACUACUCCUAAUGCCUUUGGACAAACCAUGAAUAGCACAAAGCCGGGACCCUUUGGAUCUUCCAAUGCUUUUGGAUCUGGAUCUGCCAAUACCUUUGGGUCUGGUUCCUCGGGUGCCUUCGGAAGUAGCACAGGAGCAUUUGGAACCCCAGCAUUCGCUUCAUCCAACACCACAACUGCGUUUGGACAGCCUACAUUUGGAGCUGCACCGAAUACAGCAACUUCACCCUUUGGAGGGUCUUCAGCAUUUGGAGGUAAACCCCCAUCAACUGGAUUUGGCCCUGGAGGAAGCACUUCGUUCGGAUCACCUGCUGCUUCAGCUUCAACGUCAGCUUUUGGCAAGCCAACCUUCGGCUCUAGUGGUGGCUCUAAUGCCUCCGCUUUCGGUCAACCGGCGUUUCGUACAGCACCAAGUGGCUCACAAACGUCGCCGUUUGGUCAAGGCGGCUCUACCUCUAACACACAGACCACGUCAAAUGCCGGUGCGCCAUCAGCCUUUGGACAGCCCACUUUUGGGUCGACUUCUACGUCUUCGCCAUUUGCUUCAAUACAAGGUGGAAGCUCUCCCUUCGGCUCUGGCACAAAUCCUGCGGUUACAGGAUCUUCUUCCACCCCCUUCGGCAGUACAUUUCAAAAACCAGUAAACAAUACAAAUAACGGAACACCUUUUGGUGCUGCCUCGCCAUUCGGAUCUGCUGGCUUCGUCCCAGCUAAUGCACAAAACCCUCAGCCAAACGCUCAAACCAUGCAACACCCAUUUGGUAGCAGUAUAUCAAACAAUCCUAUCGGGACUAAUACACAGCCGUCGUCUACCAGUCUUGGAAUACCUCAAAAGACCACUCAAAGUUUUAUCCAAGGUUUGCCAGAGGAAAGUACACUAUCGGAAUCGGACCUCCCGAAGGAAGUAGUCGAUUAUUUCAAAGCAGAUAAUUUCACUAUCGGCAAAGUACCAGACAUCCCGCCUCCCUCUACACUUGUGAACUAG